UGAUCCAUGUGAAAUUUCGCCCUGCAAGAAUGAAGGAAAAUGUGAAAGCAAAGAUGGUAAAUUUAGUUGUGAAUGCUAACUCACAUGCCUAGUUACUAUUGUUCUAGUUUACAGAAACAUGAAAUAGAGCAAAAGUAACUAAGCAUUAGAAUUAUAUAUAAGAGAUAUUCACUCAUGUAGAUAAUUCUAAAGCUUAGUUACCUUUGUUCUAUUCUAUACUUCUGUAAACUGGAACAAUAGUAUAGCUACAAUCAGGAGCAAAAAUUAUUGAGACAACCGCAUAAAUGCCCCCCUCAUCCCCAAUUCAAUGUUAUGUGAAUGACUGAAAAGAGAGAAUUAAACCCACUUUUUCCAACAUUGAUCAAGGGGGCAGGGGGGAGGCCGGCGUACUUUAAAAUGUCCAAAAAUGUGAAAAGUCUAAUUAUUUUUGCACGCGAUUGUAGGUAUGUGAGUUAUUUAAAGUUGUGAAUAGGCUAUAAACAAACGUUACCCAAAUUGUCAAUACAUGGCAUUGUAUUUUUUUAAUUUGCAAACUAAUAGCCUUGAAGUAUUCGAUAUGGUGGCAGUUGAUUACCUUGCUUGGAAUUCAUUUCGGGAAAAAUUAAUGACAACCAUUUUUUUGAAUCGGUCUAUGCAUUAUUAUGUAAAACGUGACCUAAGUAAUGAGGCAUACUUGGAACAACGUCAUCAUUAUACAGUUCGGAUCAUUCAUAGCACUUAAUGUCUGCUCCCGAGAGACAUAGUUUGUUUUGUUGUCCCGAGAGUCUCGAUGUUUCCCGAGACGAAGUCUAGGGAAAAAUUUAUGAGAGAUUCGAGGGAAAACAAAACUAACUAUUUUCCGAGGGAACAGACAUUAAGCGUUUUGUUAUACUGUACAGGGUGUCCCAAAAAACCCAGAAACUAUAGAAAUCACUUAUUGUUAAAUUUGAAUGCCCUACCAAACAGCUGGACGUAAUGAUGCGUAAAAUAUUGACAAGGUGCAUGUAUUAGAAUUUAGUUAGGAAUAUCUCCUAGUAAAGUGCGCGAUUUUCUGCUCCUGGGAAUUAAAAACAGCUUCUUAAACAGUUUCUUUAUGCAUAAAAUUUACUUCUGUCAAUCAUUUAUGCACUCGUGGGAACCAACAGAGCGCUAAGGCAUUCAAAUUCUAACAAUUAAAUUGUUAUUGGUGAUUUCAAUAGUUUCCGUUUUUUUUUGGGACACCCUGUAUAGCGACAAACAAAAAUUAACAUUCAACAACAUUCAUACAACAAUUGUAUUUCGUGACAAAAACUCUAUAGUGUAAACUAGUUUAAAAUUAAAAGAACCUACUUAAACGGUUUCAGCAGCAUAUCCUGUUGCCUGUUGUGUAUUUUUCUUCUCUUUUAAUUCCUUAUUUGGACACAAACUUGGAAAAUCGUAGUUUCUAAUUAUGCUAGUUCUGCCGUCAUUUUGUUUAUUUAUGUAAGUGGUCGGUCGGGCAAGCAACAAUUUUUCACUUGUUGCCCGGCGGGAUACAUUGCAUUUAUCUGAAGUCACCUGACCACAAAUCAGCCAAUCACGUUUGGUCUUCACCCUAGCCAUAUAACAAUAAAGUAUGUUCCUUCAAACACAACAAAAAUAUGUUUCCAAGAGGGCGUGGCGCGUCUGAACUGUGAAGCAAACAUAUUAGAAAACAAAGAUACACCGAUAAUUCAGGGCAUUUUUUAACUAUAUAUAGUUAUAUAGUUAAAAAAUGCCCUGGGCAUUUACCCCAGUAGGCUCUUUGCUUGCCCCAGUAGUGAAGUAUGAUUUUCAUAUGAGCUGGCCCUUUCGAUCAUUAGUAACAAGUCAUCUUUGUUGAAAAAGCUUCAUCUGCCUGCGUUCUCAUAUCCUCUCACCUUCUCCAUUCCAUCUUAUAAAAGACAGCACAGCAUGGUCUUUAUGUAGUACGAGUAACUAUGCGGAAAAGGCCCUCAUUGAGACUUUGCUCCAGUGGUUGUAAUUUCUUAAAAAAUGCCCUGCGAUAAUCCCCGAGCCGACGGCGAAGCGCCGUGCGAGGGUAUUAAUUCCCCCCGGCUAUUUACUCCCGGGGAAACGAAAGCAUUAGCGAAGUCUAAAGUUCACCAAUGAUGGCGGGCCAGCCUAGACCUAGGCCUUCUAUUUUUAUUUAUAUUUUUUUUAAUAUUCAGCACUUUUUCACAUGAAAAGACUGGGACUAGGUAAUUUGGGGGCGGGGCGGAGGAAGGACACAAGCCUGACGCAAGCGAAAAUAUAGAAGGCCUAGUGGAUUUCCCAACAACAAGGCCAAAACUGCCCUGAAACUGCCCUGAUUGCGAAAUGCCCAAUUGUUGCGUUCUCGAACAGAAGUAUUUGCAACUUAACAGCGAAUUUAAACCGAUACAGGUAAAAUAAACUCAUUUAUAGUAUAAACUUACUAUUUUUAUUUAUAUACACGUCUAGAAAAUCGGGGUUUUUAUCAUAAAGUUUGAAGCAACACUAUUAUUAUGUUGACGAGGUGAAGCGAAAGCACAAAAUAAUAAUUCUUUUCUUCGCAAGACAAUCUACUGUUUUGCUUUGAAUAACUAUAUUUGCGAAUUGGGAAUGAGGAUUUUGAAAUUAUUGUUCAAAUAUUACGGAUAUACCAUUUGUAAACAAUGUACGUUUUUAUAUACAGUACUGUACGGGCUAAUAAUAUAUGUAUCCGUUUUAUUUAAUAAAUUAUAAUUGUAUAUUUUACAAACACAAGACUGCUUCUUGCCAAAAUUGAGAAAAUAUAUAAUAAUGUAGUUGUGUAUAAGACAAAAUUUCAUGAAAGAUUCUACUUUUGGUAUAUAUUUUGACUCAUUUUGUGCUUUCGCUUCACCUUGUCAACAUAUUAAAUAAUAGUGUUGCUUCGAACUUUAUGAUAAAAACCCCCGAUUUUCUAGACGUGUAUAGAAAUAAAAAUAGUAAGUUUAUACUAUAAAUGAGUUUAUUUUACCUGUAUCGGUUUAAAUUCGCCGUUAAGUUGCAAAUAAUUCUGUUUGACAACGCAAUAAUUGGGCAUUUCGCGACCAGGGCAGUUUCAGGGCAGUUUUGGCCUUGUUGUUGGGAAAUGCACUAGGCCUUCUAGGCUUGCUUCCUCCGCCCCGCCCCCAAAUCACCUAGUCCCAGUCUUUUCAUGUGAAAAAGCGCUGAAUAUUAAAAAAAUAUAAAUAAGACUAGAAGGCCUAGGCCUAGGCUGAUGGCGGGCGUGGCUCACUGUGCGUGGGUGGUCAUCAUCACUGAUCUCAAAAAUAUAGCGGACUGUCAUGAAUAGCGAACACUGUGAUUGGUCCAAUUUAAAGUUUGCAUUAUAACGACUGCAUGACGACAGCGAAAUAGCAAACAUUUCUUGAUUUGAUGAUUGAUAAAUUUCUUGCAUAUGUAUAAAAAUGAAUAUUUUUGCUCGAUUUUGCAUUUUUGCUCGAUUUUACAUUUUUGCUCGACUUACAAGAUUUUGUAAAUUUCAAGAAAGGGCGAAAGAAUCGGCUAAAAGAAGGGAGCCGACGUUAACGAAGGAAAGUUUGUUUUAAAUAUUGAUUUUAUAAUUGCUUUAAAACCCGACGGCCUUUGCGUAUAUGAAACAACUAAACAAGACAGCAUAUAAUUUCAGUGUAUAUUUAAUAUUGAUUCCCUUUUUUAUUAUAUUGAAUUUUUUAAAUAAAAAAGAAAGCAAAGUUAUUUGCAUGCGAGAAUUUGAAAUCAUUUUAUUGCAAACUCAAAUUGCAAACUUGAAUUUUACCUUAAAUUGAAGCUUAUAUUACGUACAAUAUCAUACCUAACAUGUAUAUGUUGGGAAAUUGAUAAUUUUGUAAUUAAUAGUGAUAUUUUUAGGCAAUUUUUCAUUUGUAAGAAUAUUCUUAAAAAAUUAUCGUGUUACCAUGACAACUACUUUAGAUACUUCAUGUUCAAAAAUACAGUGGUUUUGUUAGCAAGGCGACGGUUUCUGCAUGCAUGUAUUUUCUAGUUUAUAAUUGAAUAAGGUUCUGGACGGCAUCAAUAAACAAAUUUGACGGCUGACCGCUGACGUUAAUUUGUCUAUAUCCAAUUCAGAACUUUAGAUAACCCACAUACCUAGUUACUAUUGUUCUACCUUACCGAGACAUAGAAUAGAACAAAGCUAAGUAAUCUUUAAUUAGAAUUCUCUACCUGAGUGAAUAACUCUUAUACAUAAUUUUAAUGCAUAACUGCCUUUGUUCUAUUCUAUGUUUCUGUAAACUAGAACAACAGUAACUAUGCAUUGAGUUAUCUAAAAUUGUGAAUUGGGUAAGCAACGAUGUAAACAACGUGUUAACCAAAUCACCGCUAUUUGUAUUUUCAGUUUUCUGCGCGUGCGCCUUUAUCCUGAUCUUUAUAAGUGCAUGAUCUACUACGCAGCGACUUUGACUCGAAAAAUAUUCGAAAAAUCUUGUAAUACAUACAAAUGCACUUAUAUGCGAAAUAACAUACUGACUAAUUUUACGAUUCUUUAUUUGUUUGUCGUAAUAAAGGGUGCAUAUCUCAACAAUGGUAAUGGAUGGACAAAAAUGCCUUCAUACACUCCACCUUUCCAUAUUGCUGCUGACAAGUACGGUGAUCUGGGGGCGCGGUUUGCUGACGUCAACGGCGAUGGUUUGAUAGACUUUGUCUACUUCAGAUGGAUAAGCAGCAAGAGACAACAAAAGGGUGCUUAUAUCAAUUCAGGUUGUGGGUGGAGAUCAGAGCCACGGUAUAUACCACUGUUUCACAUUGCAGCUGAUGGGUAUAAGGACCUGGGUGCAAGAUUGGUGGAACUCAAUGGAGAUGGGGCAACCGAUUUUGCUUACAACCGUAUGAUUUCCAACCGUAUGACUUUAUCCAAAUCCCUGCCUAUAUUGCGAAUCACGUACUAUAGAACGGCGUACGAGAUUUAGGGACUGUCAACAUUUGUUGUGGAAAUUAAAAAUUUCCUCGUCACUCUGCAUGUCCUGAACUCAACUGGUGUUUUUAAAAUAUAGAGUAUAAGUACCUACCUAAUACGUACACGCUUUGCGAUUAGUUUUCCGUAAAAGUGAUCAAUGUUUAUUGUCUUUUAUUGUCACAAACAACCAAUCACGAAGCCUAUUCACAUAGAUAGUAAGUACUAUUUAAAACACGAGCAUGCACAACACGAGAGCGCAGCUCGAGUGUUUUAAGUCGGAUAAGCACAGACUGCGAGUGUUUUAAAUGAAAUAAACGACUCAUCUGAUGAGUACAUUGGCGAAGUAAUUGUAAAAAUGAGCGUUGUUUAAGCCGAGAAAAUCAAAGUUAACGUUUAUGCAAAUGAACGUAAUUUUUACCAUUAAACCAUCGACACCGUAGUGAUUUUCUCCUUUGUGUUUUGUCGUGAAUUACUAAUGAGUUUUUAUUUUAUAACUGUGCUUAAAGCCACUUACUCGCUUUUUAUUGUAUCUAAAAUAUUAUGUAGGACUAAGAUAAGAGCGUUUUCUCACAAUAUAUCAUUAUGCAAGCUAUGAAAAUGUGUUACUGUUAGUCGUGCAGCAUAGUCAUGGGAAAUAUUUAGUUGCAAAAUACAGAAAUCACAGAAGCGAGCGACAAGGAUCAUCACGAAGUCUAACUUUGCGGUGGGAUUGUCUUUCCUUAGCUAGGAUAUAUAUAUGACCUUCAACUUCCUUUCCCUCGGACUGACUCCGGCAAAUAUAUAGUGCUUCCAUUCUUUUUAAUGCCUUAAACAGUGAUUGUAAACAACUAGCUGACAUUUCACCUUCAUGCUCUUCGGAUGCUUUCAUCUCAAAAAUGACU